AGAUGGCUACAUCGGCAUGGCUGCGUGGCCCAUCUGCUAUGCGACUAACGGAGGGUUUGGUGUCGGUUCUGAAAGAGCAGCGUCCAGAGUAUUUACCAGCUCUGUUGGCCAACUACAGAGAACAUGGAGUGUUCCCGACACAGGGCGCGAGCGCCGUCGGUGGUCUCGUGGGUUUUAGCAACGCCAAACUGGCCUCGAGCAAGACCAGGUUUGAGGGGCUCUGUCUGCUUUCCAUGCUGGUUAAGGACAGCUCCAGUGAUCUGUUCCAACAGCACUGCCUGUCCUGGCUGCGCUCCCUGCAGCAGGUUAUACAGUCUCAGGCUCCAAUUCAGACCAUCCAGCUAGCAGUGAACAUUCUGAAGGACGUGCUGCAGUACUCAUCCCAGCUAGCAGAGCUGGCCAGGGAGGUCGGCCUGAACUCCAUCCUUGGCAUCCUUACAUCUCUGCUGGGCCUGAAGACAGAGUGUGAACUGGCAGCCAUGGAGGGGAUGACGGCCUGUAUGACCUACUACCCCAGAGCCUGUGGAUCCCUCAGGGACAAACUGGGGGCUUAUUUCCUCUCCAAAAUGGACAGUACAAACAAGAAAACACAAGAGAUGGCCUGUCAGUGUUACGGCCGCCUGCCCUGCCUGGGGGGCCUGUUGGACAGAGGAGUGGGUGCUGGCAGAGCUGAAGGCUGGACCAAUCAGAUUCACUGCCUACUGGCCUCAGCCAAUGACCUACUGGCUCAGAUCUAUCAGGGAUCUGAAGCAGAUGGAACAGUGCAAUAUGAAGGUCCAGGGGUGGAGCUGGCCUUUCCUCAUCUUGACCAAUCAGAUCCCUUGCUGCUGCUACAGCUCCAGCACAGAUACACAGCUGUCUGCCUGGCACUCAAACACACACUCAGGGUGGAUCCAGCCUCAGCUGUCCGUCUGCCCGUCAGACCAAUACUCAACCUGGUGUGCCGAGCCCUCGCUGUUAGCUCCAAGAGCAUAAAUUUAGCAGGAGAUGGAAGUGUGAGGUUGCUGGUCUUGCCCAUCAUACACACCAACACACUGGAGGUCUUAUCAGCUCUUAUCACAGCUGUACGCACCGGCAUGGUUCAGUACGCUGCUGUACUACAGAGACUGUUUUCUCAAACCCUGUCCACCUGGAUGCCUCUACCUGAAGCUAGUCUGGGACAGCAGAGAGCCUACAGUGCACUGCGGGUGUCAGUGUACAGAACCUUAGAGCUGUGGGGGCAGGUGGCUGGAGCCUCUGCUAGCAUACUGCAGGGAAGCCCUGGUCACUCAGAGCUCCUGUUCAGCCACCUGCUCGGUGACAUCACACCAGGGGCGGAGUCUGUCAAGCUCCGGGUUGGUCUGUCAGCAGAUGUGGUUCCUGGAGGGAAGCCUGGCCCGCGGCGGACAAAACCAUUAGUUAUAGCGGACUCAGUUGGACCAUCACUCCAGAGGAAAGGAGACCUUCUGGCCAAUCAGGAUACUUGCCUUUCAGCCCUCAGGGCACUGCGACAAAUCAUACUGAGCAGUGGUACACUGCUGAAGGAUGAUAUACACAAGCGUCUCCAUGACGUGGUGCUGCCGCUGUGUGUGCGGCUCCAGCAGCAACAGUCCAGCAGCAGCACUUCAUGUGAGUCUGCAGGGGGCACCAGUGGGCAGUACAGCAGCGCCCUCACCCGACGAGAGCUGUACAGGUUAUUACUGGCUCUGGUCCUGGUCCCAUCACCCUGUUGGCCUCCGCCUAUGACCUGUGCUGUGUCCAUCCUCAGCAACGGACGCACCGACCGUAACCUCAAGGUCUCUACAUUCUGUAGUGAGGCUCUGACCAUCUGUAACUCCCUCCUUCACCCUCGCACUCCCUCCAUUGCCCUCCCCUUGCCACCCCUCACCCUGAAAACUACCCCCACCGCCCCAGUUCUGCCCUCCUCCCAGGGAACUACCCCCGGACUCACUCUCCCAACCCUCCUAGGUCCUGCCCCUGGUCCUCCUUUUCCUACUCGCCACUCCCUUGGCCUGGGCCCCACUUCCCUGCUGGGUUCUCUAGAGAACCAUCUCUCCCUGGUUCCCGGACUGCAGGGCCCAGCCCCCACCCCAGGAGACAUGAUCCUGUCCCCGCAUGCACACCACCAGCAGGACCCCACUGGGCUGGGCCCCCCAGAGGGGCAGAGACCCGUAUUUGUGCGCUACGACAGGGAGGAGGCAGAGGAUGUGGAGAUCUCUCUGGCCAGCGACUCCGAUGACAGUGUGGUCAUCGUUCCUCCGGGGAUGCUUAACUUCGAGAACCAGCAAGACGAGUCGGCAGUGGCAAACUCUCAGACCAUGGCCUCUGCUGCACCAGGAAGCGCUCCGGUCUCACUACCAGGAGGAGCAGAAUCUGUCACCAUGGUUCCCACCACAGCAGCAACAACAACAAUGGAUGCGGUCUCGCUCCCCAACGACCUUGCCACCUCCUCCCCCCUUCUCACUACCUCCACUGCCCCUAUCAACUCCUUCCCUCCUUCCGGCCCCUCGGUGGUCUCUCUGGUUCCACCUUUGAACUCCAACGCACUCACAGCCCCUCCUGGUCUGGGGGACUCGUUGUCUGGCAGGCCCCAGCUCCAGCAGAUGCUGAUGCAGCCUGCCACGCCAGGCCAGCCCGGCCCCAUGGGUCUACCACUCCAGAUGCACCAGCUGCAGAACCAGCUGAGCCAGCAGGGACGGCACCUCCACCAGCACCAACCGCCACCCGGUAGCAACGAAGACUCCGGCGUCAUCAACAUCAACAGCACUGAUGACGAGGAGGAAGAAGAGGAGGACAUGGAGGAUGAUGAGGAGCUUGAAGAGGAUGAAGAAGGGAUGGAUGAGGAGGAUGAGGAGGAGGAGGAAGUGAGUGAUUUUGCCGAGGAAGAGUUUUAUGAUGGGGAGGAAUAUGAGGAUUAUGAUGAAGAAGAGGGGGAAGAGCUGGAGGAAGAGGAGGAGGAGGAGGACGAUGGGGAUAUACCUCCACUGGAGGGAGCAGAGGACAAGGCUGGGGAGGUAGGGAUAGAGGAGGGGAAGAUGCUCCGAGCAGUGGUGGACGAAGGAGGGAUGGGUGGUUUCAGUGUGGAGGGAGAAGCAGAAGGAGGGAUAGAGGAGAUCCAGACCAACAGAACACUGUUCGGAGAGGACAGGAUGAAGGUACAGGAGGUGGAGAGCAUUGGAGUCCUGGAGGAGGCAAGGGAAGGGGCGGUGGAGGGAGUGGGAGAAGAGGAUGAAAGUGAAAGGAUGGACGACCCCACCAUGCCACAGAUCCUGUGUGUCACCGGAGGAGCACUGGAGGAGAGAGAGGAGGCUGAGGAGGAGGAGGAGGAAGAGGAGGAGGGGGCGGAAGCAGGAAGAGGAGAUGGAGGCGGGCUGGAGGAGGAGUCAAGCUUGUGGGAGCAAGGAGCCAAUGAGACUGAACCGAUAGCCGCAUCAGAAGAAUGCAUAACCAAUAAGAAUCAGAAGGAGUCAGGAGCUGAACCCACACAGGAAGCCAGCGUGAGUGAAACGCAGCCGCCCACCCAUCAGGAGGAGCAGCUAGCGGCUGUACAAGAAGGAGAAAUUGCAGUAGCAGAUCCUGAAACCUGUACGGGCCAAAAUACAAAACAGCAAGAGGAGACAGAUGCUGAGAAAGGAGAGAAAAUACAACCAAAGCAGCAGCAGACGGAAGGAGGAGGAGAGAGUGAUGGAGAAGAGGGAAAAGGAGUGAAAAGGAAGAGGGAGGAGGUGCAACGGCAGGAGGAAGAAGAGGCAGGGCAAAGCACAGAGAAGAAAAAGCUGGAUGACGAUGCCAUGGCAUCCAUGUUGGCUGAUUUUGUCGCCUGUCCUCCUGAUGAUGAAGAUGGCGCCUCCGGAUCAAACCGUGUAUAAACAUUUGCCAACCUGAACUGAUGCGAUUUUGAAGUUACCGUGGAUACAAUAGAUACUGCUAGGAUACUGGAUCAUGAGUGACAUUUCCCAGGUUUAGAUACCUCAUACAACGACUCUCAUGUCAUUUUUUACAUAAUUUCAGUGUUCAGAUCUUACUGGCAGAAUGCGGCUUCCAGCUGCUGUCUGUCUUUUAACAAUCUUGCCAGCUUGAAGUUACAACAUGUGGGGCAUGGAGAUAUUUGGCGAAAGGGAAGUCAGACCUUUUACUGUCUCAUCACAGAGCUUGUAAUUGUAAAGACUAGUUUUACCUUAACUAAAGGAAGCAGUUUUUCUCUGGCCCCAAGCACAGCUGCCCAGCAGGGAGGUGAGGCUUUAUGAAACAUUACCCAGAAUGCUAUAAUGCCUUUGUUCUUGUGUGCAGUACAUAGUAUCCUACAGUUAACAGUACAAAGGGGUUUCCUUGAUUUAUAUUUAUCUUUUAUGCUCUGUAUGUCUUGUCAUCACUGUCAUAUUCUUUGUUAUAAGGAAAAAGUAAAAUCAACAUGAGUCACAUUA